AUGGCUGAUUCAAAGGAUACCGCCGAGAAGGCCUCUCUACAGCAGCUUGAGGAUACAAUUGCUCAAGGCUCUGUAUACAGCACGGAUCUCAAGAAAGAUGGGCUAGUCGCGGCUGAAGAUGCGGAACCAUCUAGCCUCGGCUCACCGGACUUCGAAGGGAUUGACGAGGAGGCUGUCCUCCGGAAGAUGGAUAUUCAUCUCAUUCCUACGCUAUCAGUUCUAUACUUGUUGGCCUUUUUAGAUCGCGGAAAUAUUGGCAAUGCCAAAAUCGAGGGUCUUGUUGAUGACCUGAACAUGACGGGAUCCCAAUACAAUUGGACUUUGACCGUCUUUUUCUUUACCUACUGUGUCUUCGAAUUGCCGAGUAAUCUGCUUCUAAAGAAGCUGAGGCCCUCCAGAUGGCUUCCAUUGAUCAUGCUUGCUUGGGGAAUUGUCAUGACCUUGAUGGGGAUUGUCAAUGACUACGGAGGAUUGCUGGCAACCCGUCUGUGUCUUGGACUUACAGAAGCCGGUCUAUAUCCCGGUGUGGCAUACUAUAUCACCCUCUGGUAUCCCCGCCACCGAGCACAAUUCAGACAAGCCAUGUUCUUCAGCGCAGCUAGUGUCGCAGGUGCAUUCUCUGGGCUUCUUGCAUUUGGUAUCGCGAAAAUGGACGGUGUUGGCGGAUAUGCUGGUUGGAGAUGGAUCUUCAUCCUUGAAGGUAUUCUUACUGUUCUUGUUGCUUUCAUCGCCCCAUUCGGUAUUCACGAUUCCCCGGAAACUGCUUCCUUCUUAACCGAGGAAGAACGUCGGUUUGUCAUUCACAGUUUGCGAACCCAAAAUUCCUCCGGCUCGCACGAAAUGGUCGAAACGGAUGAUAAAUUCAAGGUUAGCUAUGUCGUUGAUGCUUUGACUGACUGGCAAAUCUGGUUGGGUCUAUUCAUGUUCUGGGGUAUCACCUGUCCGCUAUACGGCAUCUCUCUUUUCCUCCCAUCGAUUAUCAAAGAUCUGGGUUACACAUCAUCAACUGCCCAGCUGCUUACUGUACCGAUCUAUAUCACCGCAGCAGUUGUAGCCGUCGGUGCAGCAUAUAUGUCGGACAAACGCAAGCAGCGAUCGCCAUUCAUUCUCUUCUUCAUGGCCAUGAUUGGUAUCGGCUUUAUCAUCUGUCUCGCAUCUACCGGACGUGGUGUGCCUGGGGUUAUGUACUUCGGCAUCUUCGUCGCAGUCGUCGGAAUUUACCCAGCAUUCCCCGGAAACGUCACAUGGCUCAGUGUCAACAUGGCAGGCGACUACAAGCGAGCUGCCGGUAUGGCGAUUUUUAUUGGACUAGGAAACUUGUCAGGAGCCAUGGCUUCAAACUUCUAUCGCGCUCAGGAUGCACCGCAAUAUAUCCUUGGCCACUCUCUCGAGCUGGGCUUUGUUGUCAUCGGCAUGGUGGCGACUGUUGCUCUGCGGCUGACGUACCAGCGUAUCAACCGUAAGCGUGACGCUAUGGAUCCUUCGGAAUAUCCUGAAAAUCCGGACUCGUUGGGUGAUCGCUCUCCUUACUUCAGGUAUAUGCUUUAG